AUGCUGGCGGGAAAUCCGAACGGGGAUCUACAAUCGCUAAUUGCGCGACCGGUGUCUCAGCUGUGUCUCAGAGCCAAGUACGUGGACAACAGGAACGCCAACUUAUGUACGCAACCGACCGAGUUGCUGAACCCGCGCUGCGCGUCCGUCGACAAGAUUAUCGAGAUUACGACGUGUUGCUGCCACCGGAAGGUCAAGAUUAACCAAACGACUUGUUGGAGAUCACCGUCGCAGUCGUCACGCCUACCCCACGUUCGUGAGGAGGAUUCAGCCGCUGCAACAGCACCUUCAUUGCCACUGCGAGCUCGAAUAAUGAACAGCAUUUCUUGUCGACGUGGUAACAUGUACGUGUCACCAAGUCAUGCGGACAAGAACUGCAGAGCACAGGCAUUUACACCAAAUUGGCCAAAGAUGUCUUAUGCUCCGGAUCCUCAAAAAGUGCGUGGAAGAAUUCGUCAAAAACUUACAGCUCCUUUUCACUCGCCGUUCGUAAAACACCUGGGCAAGCUCUAA